UGGUCCCUGGCAAAAAACUAGGAAAAAAACCCCAACGGAUGCUCUAACUCACUUUCGCUUUCACAGUUUGUCAGUUUCACUCCUCAGGACCUCAGCCAACGCAGCCACUCUUCGUCAUCUACUCGUCUUCGAUCAUCGUCUCCCAUCCGUGAUCCGGCAUAGCCACUCGCCGAGUCGCCGAGAACGGAGAACCCGAGACGCUGCGAGCCAGCCCCUCGCCCAGGAAUCCCAGCGACUCAGUGAGACCGAGACGCAGCCACUCCGAUCUCCGGCAACCACUCCCAGCGACGCAGUCACUCCGGUCUCCGGCAACCAUUCCCAUCGUCGCACUGCUCGCAGCUCGGACUGACGCACUCCUCGCAGUUGUUGUGCAGGAUUGCAGUACGGGGAAGGUGAUUGGCACAGGGCUUGAGUCGCAGGGUCUCUAUUACAUGCGAGGGGGUGUUGCUGCCAGUGCAUCCACAGAUUCACCUUUGCUUAUCCAUAGUCGUCUUGGUCAUCCGAGCCUAUCCAAACUUCAACGGAUGGUUCCAGGUAUCUCUGUUGAGUCUUUAGAUUGCGAGUCGUGUCAUCUUGGAAAGCAAUCCCGUAAGUCUUUUCCAAGAAGAGUCAAUAAUCGGGCUGUGUCCCUCUUUGAUUUAGUGCAUACGGAUGUUUGGGGUCCUUAUCGAGUCAAUUCUACCUUAGGUUUCCAUUAUUUUGUAACCUUUAUUGAUGAUUAUUCACGAUGUACUUGGGUUUUUCUAAUGAGAAAUCGUUCUGAGUUGUUUAAUAUCUUUCGGAAUUUCUGCAAUGAAAUACAAACCCAAUUUGGUACUCCCAUCCGUGUCUUACGUAGUGACAAUGCCAAAGAGUAUCUAUCUGCUCCUUUCCAAACCUUUAUGCAGUCUCGGGGUAUGUUACACCAAAAGUCCUGUGUUUACACACCUCAGCAGAACGGGGUUGCUGAGAGGAAAAAUAGGCAUCUGGUAGAAAUUGCUCGUACUAUGAUAUUGCACUAUCAUGUUCCCUCUCAUUUUUGAGCUGAUGCUAUUCUUACUGCAUGUUAUUUGAUCAAUCGCAUGCCAUCCUCUGUUUUAAACAACCUUACCCCAUAUUCCAUUGUAUAUCCUUCUGCUGAUCUUUUUCCUCUUCCUCCUCGGGUUUUUGGGUGUGUUUGUUUUGUCCAUGACAUGACACCAGGGCGGUCAAAGAUGGAUCCUAAAGCUGUUAAGUGUGUGUUUUUUCCGUCCCUCAAACGGCACUUUGUGUCUGCCGAUGUCACCUUUAUUGAGUCAUCCCCUUUCUUCCAGCCUUCUCCAAAAGACACCGGUCGAGAAGUUCUUCAUAUUCCUUACCUUCCUCCAGCUGAUCCUCCAGCUGCCCGAAGUACUGAUCCUCCACCUAAUCCUCCAGCUGCUCCUAAACCCCCCCUUCAGGUUUAUCAUCGCCGUCCUCGCACUACACCUGCUGAGACUCCUGUUGACUCACCCGGGCCAUCUGAUCCUCCUGUUGCGGUUCUACCACUUCCACUGGAGUCUGUCACUGAUCCCACUGAGGCAUCCACUGAUCUUCGUAGAGUUUUCUCAAAUGAGCUGGAGGCAGCAUGUGCGUUGUUUAGCCAGAAAAUACAGGUCAUCACAAUGUUUGAUGGCUAACAAGCAAAUGAAUGGUAUUCUGGUUGUUGAAGAGAAUCCUUUCUUUUGUUUGAAACUGCAUAGAGGGUAUGCAUCAUCAAUGUUGCCUUCUCAAACUGAUCCAAGAAACAUAUAUCUUUCCAAAUCGUUGAACUCUGGAAGAAACUUGCUAUCAAUGGUUAAGCUGUCUGGUUCUGUUGUGAGAAAUAUCCAAGGCCUGCAGCAUCCUCCAAUGAUAGUAUCUCGUCAAUUUGGCCAGGGUGCAAAAAAUGAUCCUUAUUUGAGCAGAGAUUUUUUUGUACAGCUUUGGGUCGCAGAUAGAAAGAUGAAGCAGUCUGGUGUAAAACGAAGACCAAGAAGUCAUAAAUCUUUGAACGAUGGUGAAUCGGGGUCUUAUAGCCAAUUCUUUUCCAAAUUUCCACCCGGAAGACAUUUAUCUGGUGCUUCUGCUGCAGAGGAAAAAUCCUUUCAAGAAGCAAAGCCAAAUCUUAGACAACCACCGCCUAGCCAAUCUGUGACGGGUAUUCUGCAACCUUCAUCACCUGAGGAGGCUAUGGUUGCUCCUCUUCUUGCUAGAUCCAACUUGCUGAUUACUAGAGAUAUAGAAUGGGCAAAUCUUGUUCUUGGCUUUGAGCAAGAAAACCGAUAUGCUAUUGUAGAUGUAUGCUACCCACAAUCGCCUGCAGGUUAUAUCCGUGAAAAGAGUAAUGUGCUUGCAAGACAGUUGCUUCGCCUAAGACGACCUUUUGUGGCUUUUAUAACUGAUGGUCUGGGUAAUGAGCUUUUCAGGGUACGAAGGCCCUUUUGGUGGAUCAACAGCUCAAUUUAUGCUGAGAUAAAUGGAAAAGAAAUAGGAGUAGUCCACAGAAGAUGGCAUCUCUGGAGAAGAAUUUAUGAUCUGUAUUUGGGUAAUGAGCAAUUUGCUGUGGUUGAGAAUCCUGGCUUUUGGAACUGGACUUUUACAUUAAAGGACAUUGAUGGGAAAGUGCUGGCUCAGAUAGAUCGUGACUGGAGGGGAUUUGGUUUUGAGAUUUUUACUGAUGCUGGCCAGUAUGUGAUCCAAUUUGGUAAAGCUGAUUCCAGUAUUGCUCCGGUUGGAGGGAUCCAAGAGUUAGAUGUAGUUCGUCCACUAACCCUCUCUGAGCGAGCAGUAGCUGUUGCACUUGCUAUAUCACUUGAUAAUGAUUACUUCUCAAGACAUGGAGGCUGGGGAAUUCCAUUUGUUGAAGUUGGUGAAUGAACCAUAUUCUGCUAUUGCUUGCAAGUCAUCUGCUUAAGGUGAGGAUUAAAUUAUGCAAAAACGGGUGUAUAUUCAACAAAUUCUGUACAGUAAUAUAUAGACGCUUCUAUCUCCUAAACAUGGUCUACUGAAUAGCAAAUCUAUACUACAUUUGAGUCACAAGUCCUGCCAAAUUAAAAUUGAAGUUUAAAAUCAGGUAAAUACACUUGGAUAACACUCUUAACUGCUGCAAAUGAUAAGGUCUUAUUGAUUGAAUUGAUUAUGUACUGUUGUCAUAUCACAAUGGAAGUUAUUGAUCUAAUUAUCAUCAA